GCAGACAAACGUAGCCGAAGCUCUCUGAACACAGACUCACUUCGAUCACCCCACUGUCCACACACGGCCAUCAAAUAAGGCAAGAUGCAACUCUCUAUGCUCCUCGCUGUCGUCAUUGGCGCUGUGUACGCUCAAGCUGCCCACCACAUCAGCUUCCAAGUGUCCGGCUGCUCCACUGCCAUCAUGCAGGUUCCUGGACGUGGCGUCUUCGGUGCUGGAGAGUACGACUUUGACGGAGAUGUCAAUGGCAUCAUCGCAUCUGCCGGCAAUGUCGCGUGCAGCCAAGAUGGCGUUCCAUGCACUUCCAUCGAGGCUUCCCUCAACAGUGGCAUCUCUUCCGCCGACAUUACCUUGAUCCCUCCUCACCAAUACUCGGCUGCUGCCGACAUGACCAUCACUGGUGCCAAUCCUGGAGCUGCUGGCAACUUUGCCAGCUGCCACGAUCCCAACUGCCCAGACGAUCAGGCUUUCCACCAGCCCACUGGUACCGAGGCCAUCAGCCAGCGUCAAGUCAACGACCCCAAUUCUGGUCUGAUCGCCAAAUUCACUUGCUAAGCUGUCUCGAGCAUUUUUCUCUCGAUACGCCUAGUCUACAGUAUGCUUCCCUCGAAGCAAAGACCCAGAACGGCAUCGACACUUUGCUGAGUCGCCCUGUUCUGAGCCUCUUGAAGCUUGUACCCUAGCACGACGCUCGCAGACACUGCCCAACUCUGUCGUCCAGUGUGCACG